UUUAUUUCACAAUGUGGUCAAUGAAAUUACAAGACAGUCAGAAUGUAUGAGUCAAGGGAAUAACACAUGUAAGGAGGAACGGAGUCAGGUAACCCAUGACUCAACGAAAUUAAGAAACAGAAAAAUCCUUAGGAACAACCAUAAAUAAUUUAUGUAGCAAGAUUAUAUGCAUGACAGGCAGACAGGAACAGUCGGGAUUACCUCCAGUAAGGAAAGCAGCUGGAUCUGCUCCUUCAGAAGAUACUUGUAGUGAAGUCGUAGAUCUAGAAGAAAGUCUUGAUGAGCUGAGGGAGGAUAAACGCAGCACAUUUUCAAGGUUUAAUAGAUUCUCCUCAGUCGAUGCCCUUCCUGUUAUAGAAUCUAAUAUGAUUUCUCCUGAUAUAAACGAAGCAAAAAUUUGGCCUAAUUAUGAUAAAUAUCAAGAUUUGUUUGAAUCUAGUCCAAGCCAUCCGAGUAAAAAGAGUCAGAAAAGGUAUAAGCCUAAGAAGAUUGAUAUCUGGCCUGUUAAGAAGCUAAAGAAGAAAUGAGGAUCUUCUGCUAGUAUUUCGUGCUCUUCUGUAGUGUCUAAGCAAGGGAUUCCUAAAUCUCCUGACAUUAAUUAUGAUAAUGUCAAAAGUAAGUUCUAUAAGCAAGUUGAAGGUAAGCAAGAGAAGGAAAAGAGAGUAAAAGGACUUAUGCAUAAGUGAGAUAUGGAAACUCUUGGUGGUACAAGCUUUACCAAAGAUACCAAGAAGGAAGCAUUCUAUUCCCAUUGAUUUGAAAUUAUACAGAAGAUAGAGAAGGAUUUACAACAAGAGAAUUUGGAGCGAAUGCAUGACAACAUUAAAGAGUUGACAGCAGUUUCUUUAAAGGUGCCUGAUGUCACAAUCAUCAAAAACUGCUAUUUCGCCUUAGCAUGCUAUGCUGAACACUGUAAUAAAUACCAGACAGCCUUGUUUGCAUAUGGAAGACUCAGAAGUGCAGCUGAAGGAAUCAUGGAUUAUAACCUUCUGUACAAGUCAUUUAUAAAGCGUGCUAUCAUUUAUAUAAAACUGAAAGAGUACAAAUACUCUUUAAGAAUGUUCAAGCUAAUCCUUAAGUAUGCUUGGAUGGAGAAAAACCUAAAAUGGGAAUUCGAGGCUUAUAAAGGCAUGGCGAUAUCUUAUUAUUACCAAGGUCUUUUGCAUAAAUAGCUAUUUUUAUUACAACAGAUACAUCAAAGGUAAAAAGGAGCCUGUUGAUUCUAAUCUACGAAUUUAUUCUCUCAAAAGGUACAAUAAUGACUACAAGCUCAAUUAUGUCAAUGCAAGAAAAGAGAGAACGGAGUAUCAUGACAACAUGGUACAUAAGAUUAAGGAUUAUACAACUGAUUUCUCUGUUGCCUGAAAUUUUAUAGAUGGUAAAAGAAAUUCUCAAAUCUCUAAGCGCUCUGUGUACCUUAAGAUAGAGAUUCCAGUAGAAGAGCUCAAAGAUAAAGAUCUACCAUCACCAAGUAUUGAGAAUAACAGCAAGGGUAACUUAUUCAUCAGGAUGAGGAAGGCAAAGCAGAUCAUCAAUAAUAUGAAAGACGAAAAUAAUAAAUUCAAGCAGAAGAAGAAACUUAGUCACCCAGAUGAGGAUUCUGGCUCCGAUAGUAGUGAAUUACCGGUCUCUGAGGUAGAAAAAUUGAUUGAUGCUAAGCCUGAAGAGAAAUCUAAGAAGUUUUUCUUACUCCAGGACGAUAACUCUCCUGUAUCCCUACCCAAAGAUACUAAGAACAAGGUUCCGUUUUAUAAGAAGCUGAAAUAAGGAUCCACGAUCAAUUGAUUAUUUAAAGAUUAGACAAACUGAGAAACAAGAUCUUGAAAAGAUCAGUAAAAACUUCUUAAAUAAAAUUAGUCUCGAUGGUAAAGACAAAGGGAUUGGCACUUUCCAUGUCUCUGGUGGUCACAAGGAUAGCGGCAAGAGUAAAACUAAUAUCCUCAUAAGCCAUCUUGGCCUGGAAGAGGAAGAUCAGAAGGAUGGGAGAAAGAAAGCCGAGAUACUAUUAUUAGAAGUAAGAGAACACAUUGAGGCAGAAGCUAAGAACUGAUAUAUAAUAGAAGAAAAGAAAGUGCGUGAAAUUACUGUAACAAGGGAUUUGUAUUAUUGCACGCUAUAAAAAGUUACUCUAACCAAUACAUCAAUAUCAACCUGUCUAUCUUGUCAUUUACCGAUCUGGGUGCACACUAGAGAGCCCACAUCCCAC